UCCCAGCGCGCUUUGCGCCGGGGUGACAGGUGGGGCUGGGCUGGGAGAAGCCAAAAUGGCGGACUUCGAGGAUCGGGUGUCGGAUGAAGAGAAGGUUCGUAUAGCUGCAAAAUUCAUCACCCAUGCUCCUCCUGGGGAAUUCAAUGAAGUGUUUAACGAUGUUCGGUUGCUGCUUAGCAAUGACAAUCUUCUUAGGGAAGGGGCAGCUCAUGCAUUUGCCCAGUAUAACAUGGAUCAGUUUACUCCUGUGAAGAUAGAAGGGUAUGAUGACCAGGUCUUAAUCACAGAACAUGGUGAUCUUGGUAAUGGCCGAUUUUUAGACCCAAGGAACAAGCUUUCCUUUAAGUUUGAUCAUCUAAGGAAAGAAGCAAGUGAUCCCCAGCCAGAGGACACAGAUGCAGCACUAAAGUCCUGGAGGGAUGCCUGUGACAGUGCAUUAAGAGCAUAUGUGAAAGAUCACUAUCCACAUGGCUUUUGUACUGUUUACAGUAAGAAUAUAGAUGGGCAGCCAACAGUCAUUGCGUGCAUUGAGAGUCACCAGUUUCAGCCGAAAAACUUCUGGAAUGGGCGCUGGAGGUCAGAAUGGAAGUUUACCAUCACACCACCUACGGCGCAGGUGGUUGCAGUGCUCAAGAUCCAGGUGCAUUACUAUGAAGAUGGAAACGUACAGCUGGUUAGCCACAAAGACAUACAGGAUUCUGUAGCAGUCUCGAAUGAUGUCCAAACAGCGAAGGACUUUAUUAAAAUAAUUGAACAUGCAGAAAAUGAGUACCAGACAGCAAUCAGUGAAAAUUACCAGACAAUGUCAGAUACCACAUUCAAAGCCUUACGCCGCCAACUGCCCGUCACCCGUACCAAGAUUGACUGGAACAAAAUCCUCAGCUACAAGAUUGGCAAAGAAAUGCAGAAUGCCUAAGGCUAGAGCAGAGGUACUGUAGGAAAUGUUAGCAUGCAAAGAAAACAAAGCAGAUGUGGUCCUAUGCCAAGUAGUUGGGUUAUAUGAGAUGCUGGCAUUUGUCUUGGGCUUUCAGAGUUAACAGGUUUUCUAGCCUCAUGGAGGACUGUCCAACACAUAGCAUUGUCUUGUUUUGUGUGUCCGUGCCAUAUACACUUCUUAUGUGAAAGGCAUGAUGCAUUUCCUAGUGGGCUCUCUUCAUUUGGCCACUUUGGGAUCAGCGCUAUCUCUCCUUGUAUCUUUUGGAAAACCUCUUAGCUGGGAAAGUCCUUCUAGAAAUGCAGGCUGGUAAUACUAGGGAUAUUGUUCCAGUAUUCUUGCCAGCACUCCAGGUGUUAUAUUCAGUUUAAUAGGACUGCUGGCAGCUUUAUGGUGUUGCACCACACCAGAAACAAUUUGUCCUACUCUGACCCCUACAACUGCCAAUCACCACCUAGCAAUAUCUCCUAGGCUUUGCUUUUCAUGUUUGCAAGGUGUUUACAAGACUCCUCCCGGAAAUCCCAAGAAGGCCAGAUCCUCUGGAAAAGUGAUUUUUGGGGGAGGGUUGUUUUUGUUUUUUAAAUCCAAAGACUUGAGCCACAUUUUCUUCAACUGAACUAUUUUUCUCUUUUCCUAGAAGUACGGUUAAUAUAGAAAUCUGCAUUUUUACAGGAUGGUUCCUCCAUUUUUCUUUUUUAAAUAAUUGUCUGAUUGCUGCCGCAACAUUGUUUAGUUGGAGAAGAAAUUACAAAAAUGAAAAGCUGUAAAUGUUUAAUGAACAUCAGGUUUACUGUGCUUUAAUGCUUUGUGGCAAGUUGAUGGCAUUUGUAUCAGAUGUAUGAAUGGACACUUCUAAGUGGUCAAUAAAAGAUUUGCACCAAA